CAAAGAGCAUAUGUAUGGAGGUUUACAUACGAUCUUAAUCAUGUGUGUGUCUCCAGCACAGACGGAGGCGCUCGAGACUCUUCAGAGAGAGCAAACACACCACAGAGAGACCGAAACGAGAGCUUACUGCUGAACCCUCAACCGAUGUUGAUCAUGAGCGCUCAGGUGGAGGUGGUCUGCUGUAAAUCAGUAGGAACUGAUCUGUCCAUGCUGGAUAUUGAGGAUUUCAUCACGGAAAUCUGUCAGCUGAAGAAAGAGGUGGCUUCACUGGAGGCAAAGCUGAGAGAAAGAGGAGAGGAUUCAGUCUGGAGCGUCAGAGAUCAGCGCUCCAGAGACACGCAGGACUCGGAGCUCAGUCUCAGUUUGCUCUGUUAUACUGACGCUCAGGAGAGCGUGUGUGACGGUCACCCGUCCGUCGACCAAACCUCCACAGAGUCCCCGGGGUCCGACUGCAACGCUGCAGAACAGCAGACGCAGAUGAAGACGUGCUCCGUCAAACUGGUGGACUGCAGGAAUACAAAGGAGACGAGAGAAGAAACCACUGCGGAGAAAAUACAAAGUGACAGUGAUGAUGAUGAUGUCAACUGUGAUGAUGAUGAUGAUGAGUUUAUUCCUCCGGAUGAAAACAGCAGUUCAUCUGAUGAAGCAACGGCCUCGACAUCAAAACAGCAGCCGACGGCCAAGAGUUUCCCCUGCGUCACCUGCGGGAGAACAUUCAGCAAACAGGGAAAUUUAGCAAGACACGAGAGUAAACACACAGAGCCGAAAGACUACAAGUGUAAGACAUGCAACAUCGGCUUUCCUACCGUAAAAGAGAGGAGACUUCAUUCAAAAGAGCACAAGGUGAAGAAGGAGUUCCGAUGCGAGCAGUGCGGGAAGGUUUCCUUCUCUUCUGGUAAUCUGAAGAUUCACAUGAAGACGCACACUGGAGAAAAACCUUUCCACUGCAGCGAGUGCGACAAGCAUUUCAGCACCAAACAAUCUCUUUUUGUUCAUAAGCGGAUCCACACGGGGGAGAAACCAUACAAGUGCCCUCACUGCGAGAAGAGAUUCAGAGAUGGGUCCCACUUCAAGUCCCACAUGCGUUCGCACGCCAGCGAGAGGCCGUACCAGUGCAGCGAAUGUGGGAAAACCUUUAAGCAGCCCAUCUGUCUAAUAUCACACCAAAAAAUACACUCCGAGAAACUGCACCGUUGCACAAAUUGUGACAAACGUUUCCGUCAUAUUUUUCAGCUGAAACGGCACGAGAGAAUGCACUCUGGAGAGAGACCAUACCUGUGCUUCCACUGCGGGAAGAGCUUUUCCGAUCCGGCUCAUUUCAAGGUCCAUCAGAGAGUCCACACGGGAGAAAAACCGUACCCAUGUAGCGUCUGCGGGAAGAGAUUCCGUCAAAACACGAACCUCCUGAAGCACCAGAGGAUUCACACCGGAGAAAGACCGUUCAAGUGUUCUCACUGCGACAAGACGUUUGCUCGAUCAGACGUCUUGAACAUCCACGAGCGAGUUCAUACGGGAGAGAAACCUUACCACUGCUCCAUCUGCGGCGAGAGAUUCGCUUAUUUAGGAGGGUUCCAGAGCCAUCAGAACAAACACGCUAAAGAAGAAACCGCUCCAGAAUCAUUGUAGCGACAUUCAUGAGUCAAUCUGGAAAAAAGGGCUUAGCCCUCCCUGAAACUGUACAUUGAGUAUAUGAUGAGAGUAGGAGGCAGAGUCAUGUGAACGGAGUAGAAAUGCUGUGACUGUAGUUGUGUUUGACAGAGCGGGACCGUGAUGCUGUAACUACACCAUUCUGCAGGCAAAACACACCUAAUCUAAAGUAGUUGUAUAUUUUUCACUGUUUUUUUUUUUCCAAGCAGCUUUUAAAUCUCAAAUAAUUUUAUGCUAUCAUAUCAGAUGUUUGCAGGGGGAACAUAAUCUAGCAUUGAGAUGAAUGGGACUACUAAUGCAUCGCUUUCUGCAAGUCUAUUGAUAUGCACUAAGAAAGAAAUUGUGGGGGGAAAAAUGGAAAUCAUUGGUAAAUGUAAUAAAUUGCAUGCAAUAAUGUGGUUA